ACAAUCCAGUCGUGCCAAUAAUCACAGUAAUGCUUACCCUCUUGUUUAUUAUUGCUUUAUUUGACAGCCGGAGGAAGCACACAGUACCUUUAGGAAAUGAAGUUGAUUUUUACAUUCAUAGGCUGUCUGUUGAUAAAGCCUGAAAUCUGUUACAAAUGGAGAUACUGAGGAGCUGAACUUACACUAUGGAAAAACAAAUGCUAAGAGAAAGGGAUAAGGGCAUAAAAUAGAAAAAGAGUGGAGGUUAGAGAGAGGAAGAGACAGCAAGAAAACUAAGACAGAAAAAGACAAGUAUAUAUGCUUAGGGAGGUAAAAAUAAGAACCUUAGAUAGAUGGAGAGAAUGUAGGAGAGAGAGGGGGAGCAAAUACAUUGGUGUCAGUGCAGCCACUUCCUGUGAUCAGAGAGAGAGAGAGAGAGAGAGAGAAAAAAAAAUGAAGAGAGCCCUCUAGAGCUAGCGCCCAUCAUUCAGCCCAGUACCAAAAGAGAGGGAUCAUCACCCGUGUCCUUGCAGAGAAAUAGAGAAAAGAGGAUGACCAUUACAUGGAGGACAGGUGUCAUGCUGAUGUUUUUUUCUUCUGCAGAGGCUUCAUUGAAUGAACCGGUCAUCUGCUACAUACUGGACGGAGUCCUGAUUCUCUACUCCAUCAUCACCACCGUUCUAUUCUUCAAAGUGAAGUGGGGCAAGUCUGUAACUGCACCUGUGGAGGACUCCACAUAUGCAGAACUCCUGACGGGUACUAUUGAUGACGACUAUGAGGAUCUAAGGACUGACCAGACUGCAGCUACUAGACGGAAGCGCAGACAGGAAGCUAGUAGCGACACAUACCAGGCUCUCCAGAUAAAAGAUGAUGGGAGUGAGGCCUACCAGGUGAUCGAGUCCAAGGGGAGGACUCGCAAGAAGGACAAGAAAGCCAAGGUCCCCCAGCCUCUCAGUGCAAACACCCCGACUCAGACCCGGCCCUCCGCCCCGCCACCACCUCCAAACUGAUCUGACCCUGUCAGCCCUCGGCACGGAGGCAGCUGUUUACUCCAUUGGCAGAUCUCUCCUGCACUGAUCCCCCAGUCAGCUUUCUGAAGAUAACAGCAUAGGUUAUCUGCUUUCGAGCUGUAGCAGUGUUCUACUCCUCAGCUCAACUCCCUGCUCUGUUAUUGCAUGUUACAAAUCAGCAGAAAAGUGUGCAUGUCUUAUCUAUGUGUAUUAUCAUGUCAUUUGUUAAGUUUAUUGACUGCUUUCUGUGCCCUUUAUGGCUGUAUGUGGUAAUGUUGAUAUUUUGAACAUAAUAAAAGACACAGUACACAUUCCAAUGUUAAAACACUUGGAAAAUGGUUUAAUGAUGUUUACAACUAAAGAGAACUGUACAGUUACAGUAAAAUAUUGUUUAUAUAUAUAUAUAUAUAUA